AUGACCUGCGAAAAUCUUGUUGGCUUCUCAACAGCUCAACCAGAUUUGUUCAAACGUCACCAGCUUCUGCCCGUGCGUGACUUAAAGCUUCUGGUCCGGGAUUAUACUCCCAUCGCAAAAAAUGCCCUGACCAUUCUCAUCAACCUCUCUUCAGACGAGGAAGUGUUGGCGAACCUUGCAGGGGACGAUGCAUUUUUAGAGACUCUAAUGGUAAAAAUCACGAGCGUCAAGGAGCCACAUGCGGAUGACAUUGCCAUGCUGUUUGCCAAUCUUGCCAAAUCCGAUACAUUAAACCGACUCAUCUCGAUGAAACGACGGACUGCAGAGCCAGUAUCGACCUCUUCCAUGGCAAUCGAUCAAUUGAUGGAUUGUUUUGUGAAAGGUGCAGGGGGAGCCUUGAACAAAAAUGCCCAUUUCGACUAUCUCUCCUACUUAUUCGCCGAUCUGUCCAAGUCCGAGGAAGGGCGCGCCUAUUUCACCUCCAGACAAGGUUAUGAUGAUGUCGUUCCUGUAACCAAACUGACCGUCUUCACUGAGCACGAGAGUACAAUCCGCCGAAAAGGUGUCGCCUCAACGAUUAAGAAUGUUGCAUUCGACAUUCCUUUCCAUCCCACCCUCAUCGCGGAGGAUGAAGCCAACCUACUUCCUUACAUACUUCUCCCGAUCACAGGGCCAGAGGAGUUCAGUGAGGAAGAGUCAAUGGCUAUGUUGCCAGACCUCCAAUUACUCCCACCCGACAAGAAGCGAGAUAGUGAUAACAGCAUCAUCGUAACACAUCUCGAGACACUAGUAUUGCUGACGACCACACGAAAAGGUCGGGACAAGAUGAGAGAAAUCAGUGUGUAUCCCAUCAUUCGGGAAUGUCAUCUUCAUGUUGAUGACGACGACGUGCGCGAAGCUUGUGACAGACUAGUCCAGGUGUUGAUGCGUGACGAAGAGGGUGAGGGAACAGGUGGCUCACCUGCGAUCGAAGGAAGUUCGGAUCAGCAUCAUUCCGAACAGAAUGAUGAUCAAAAGGUUGUGGAACUAUUUUGA